AUAAUACAAAGAAACCCCACUUUGUAUGUUCAGAUACAUUGCACUUGGGAACGUUCCCAUUCAGUGCACUCGAAUCUGUUUGCAAUAAAACGACCUCUCUUUCACUACCCCAAGACCUUCAUUUCUCUUUCCACCACUUUCUCUCUCUCUCUCUGUUUUUUUUUUGCCCUAUCUCAUAGGGUUUCCUCCUUCUCUCCCUCUCUUCCAUGCAUUUUUGCUCUCACGAGUUCUUCUUCUUCGUUGCCCUCUUCUUCGCUGUCUUUGAAGCCUUCUUUUGUGUGGAACAGAGCAGAUUUCACCUCCCGGGGUUUUUUGAACUGUGCCCAUGUCUAAAGUCUUCAGCUUUACCGGAAAUGAUGAUUUUUAUCAUGGGGGUCCUAUUUAUCCUAACCCGAAGGAACCGUGUCUCUUCUUGUCUCUUGGCCGUCAAGUUGAUGUUUACCUUCCUCUUCAGAAGAGGUCUCGCUUCAGUGUUCCAUUUGAUAUCAGUGGAGAAUGGUUUGAGCAGAAGCCUAAGACAUCUAUUGAAUCUUUGCCAGAUGAAUGCCUCUUUGAGAUCCUUAGAAGGUUGCCUGCAGGCCAAGAUAGGAGUGUCUGCGCUUCUGUAUCCAAGCGCUGGCUUAUGCUUCUGAGCAGUAUUUGUAAGAAUGAAACUUACAGCAACGAAAGUACUGGAAAUGAAAAUCAGGAAAUUAGUGAUGAAGGAUACCUAUCCCGAAGCUUGGAGGGAAAGAAGGCAACAGAUGUAAGACUUGCUGCCAUUGCCAUUGGGACAGCCUCUCGAGGAGGGUUGGGGAAGCUUACAAUUCGUGGAUGCAAUUCAGAUCGUGGGGUGACUAGUGUAGGUCUCAAGGCAAUUGCUCAUGGGUGCCCUUCUCUAAAGGUUUGCUCUCUAUGGGAUGUUGCUACUGUUGAUGAUGAAGGCUUGAUUGAGAUUGCUAGCGGGUGUCACCGGUUAGAGAAGCUUGACCUAUGCAAGUGUCCUAAUAUUUCUGACAAGACUUUAAUUGCAGUUGCAAAGAACUGUCCAAAGCUGGCUGAGUUAUCAAUAGAGUCGUGUCCUAACAUUGGCAAUGAAGGUCUACAAGCUAUUGGGAAGUGUCCCAAUCUAAGGUCUAUCUCAAUCAAGGAUUGCUCUGGAGUUGGUGAUCAGGGAGUUGCUGGUGUGUUGUCUUCAGCUUCUUUUGCUCUAACAAAGGUGAAGCUUGAGUCGCUGAAUGUUUCUGAUCUCUCUCUAGCAGUGAUUGGGCAUUACGGCAUUGCAGUUACCGAUCUUGUCCUAAGUUGCCUCCCAAAUGUCAGUGAGAAAGGGUUCUGGGUUAUGGGUAAUGGCCAUGGACUGCAGAAACUAACUUCAAUCACAAUUGAUUGCUGCCGAGGAGUAACAGAUGUUGGGCUUGAAGCUAUUGGAAGGGGUUGUCCAAAUGUGCAAAACUUCAAGCUUCGGAAGUGUGCUUUUCUGUCAGACAAGGGAUUGGUAUCGUUUGCCAGGGCUGCUCCAUCAGUUGAGAGCCUACAAUUGCAAGAGUGCCACAGAAUUACCCAAAUUGGGCUCUUUGGUGUCUUUUUUAACUGUGGUGCAAAAUUGAAGGUUCUUACUCUGAUUAGCUGCUAUGGGAUCAAAGAUCUCAAUAUGGAAUUGCCUGCAAUAUCUCCUUCUGAAUCAAUUUGGUCAUUAACAAUCCGUGACUGCCCUGGAUUUGGCGAUGCUAACCUUGCUUUACUUGGAAAGCUGUGUCCUCGGAUUCAGCAUGUUGAAUUGAGUGGACUUCAGGGAGUAACAGAUGCAGGGUUUCUUCCACUGCUGGAGAGCUCUGAGGCUGGUCUGGUUAAAGUUAAUCUAAGUGGUUGUGUAAAUCUGACGGACAGAGUAGUUUUGUCCAUGGUUAACUCACAUGGAUGGACUCUCGAGGUGCUAAGCCUUGAUGGUUGUAAAAGAGUCAGUGAUGCUAGCUUGAUGGCUAUUGCAGGUAGUUGCCCAGUGCUCGCUGAUCUCGAUGUUUCCAGGUGUGCAAUCACUGAUACUGGUAUCGCAGCCCUUGCCCGAGGAAAACAGUUCAACCUGGAGGUACUUUCUUUGGCAGGUUGCGCAUUGGUUUCAGACAAGAGCGUGCCUGCAUUGAAAAAAUUGGGCCGUUCCCUUGCUGGAUUAAAUAUCAAGCUUUGCAAUGCAAUCAGCAGCCGCUCAGUUGACAAGCUUCUGGGACAUCUCUGCAUGUGUGACAUCCUCUACUGAACAGGAAAAUGCCUCAGCUUUUAUAGUUAGUGUUGAUCGUUAGUGUUUUUGGGUUCAUUCGCGAUGGAUCUUGGUCAUCAUCCAGUACUCGGUUCUCUUUUUUCCAGAGCAUACAGUUAUAUUUAAACCUCUUUUUUGCAGGUUUCCUUUAAUUGGAAAUCUGUUACGAGUUUUUUGGCACUCCGUUGAUGGGAUGCCACUUUCAAAAUGGCUGUUUAUCUCUGCCAGCAUAGUUACCGAGUUCUGGAGUUAGGUAUUUUUCUUUCCAGUGUUGGCACCCGAUGUUUUUAGCACUGUUUUGUAUCGGUUUUGCCACCAUGUGUGUCCUUGUCCUUGUUUCUUUGCAGCAGUACAUGUAUCGAGUCUUUCCAGUGGUGUUUACCCAAUUUUUAACGUAUUUGAGCUUAUGCUCUGUACGCGAUUUUUGGGUCUAAGUUUUAGUCAAGGGGCAUGUUGAAGUUCCAGUUUAUGUGGUGAUGUUGUCCUGGUUACUUUGGCAGUUCUUCAGAGUUUUAUGAAGCCUUUGUCAUCGGGAGCUUUGGUCAUGGCAGCAAGUUAUUAUACAGGUCUGUCGUCACAAUCUUUUCCCUUUGGGGGAUGGGUUGUUUUUUUUACUACCAAAGCCCUUGUUUUUUAGGCUUCAUUUUUUUUGGAACUUGUCAUUGUAACCUCUAUAUCAUGUAAUGAUACUUACUGAGAUAUGCCCCUUGUACUGUUAUGUUUAUUUUAUGAAAAAUAAUGAAUGAAAAUUUGUAAGCCCGUCCAAAAA